UCAGUACAUUUGUGAAGGCACGCAAAGCACACAGAACAGGGUCUAGCAUGUAUUACGUGCCCACUCAAAGUGGCUGUUAUUAUUACUAAACAAAUACUUUUUAAACUGAAGAUGAAUAGAAGUGACAACAUGGCCAUCCCCAAGCUGGGAUGGAUAUCCCAGUCUUUCGUACUCCUGUUCUUGAACCACUCCUAACAUUGACUUUCUGAAAUUGCUAGCUACUGAAAAUUCAUAAGGAAAUGAAAGCCCACCUGUGUUUUGUAUGUGGAAAAAGUAUUGGUCGUAAAUCUGAAACUCUGUUUUUAACAAUUUUUUUGCAGGAGUUUUUCAUCAGUAUGUCUGAAACCAUUAAAUAUAAUGACGACGAUCAUAAAACUCUGUUUCUGAAAACACUAAACGAACAACGCCUGGAAGGAGAAUUCUGUGAUAUCGCCAUUGUGGUCGAAGAUGUGAAAUUCCGAGCACACAGGUGUGUUCUUGCCGCCUGCAGCACCUACUUUAAAAAGCUUUUCAAGAAGCUUGAGGUUGAUAGCUCUUCGGUAAUAGAAAUAGAUUUUCUUCGUUCUGAUAUAUUCGAAGAGGUCCUGAACUACAUGUACACAGCAAAGAUUUCUGUGAAAAAAGAAGAUGUCAACCUAAUGAUGUCAUCGGGUCAGAUUCUUGGUAUCCGGUUUUUGGAUAAACUCUGUACUCAGAAGCGUGAUGUCUCCAGUCCCGAUGAAAACAACGGCCAGUCAAAGAGUAAGUAUUGCCUCAAAAUAAAUCGCCCCAUUGGAGAUGCUGCUGACACUCAGGAUGAUGACGUGGAAGAAAUUGGAGACCAGGAUGACAGUCCUUCCGAUGACACGGUAGAAGGCACCCCCCCGAGUCAGGAGGACGGCAAGUCGCCGACGACAACGCUCAGGGUUCAGGAAGCAAUCUUAAAAGAGCUGGGGAGUGAGGAAGUCCGGAAAGUAAAUUGCUACGGGCAGGAGGUAGAAUCCAUGGAGACCCCGGAAUCGAAAGAUUUGGGGUCCCAGACCCCUCAAGCCUUAACAUUUAACGACGGAAUGAGUGAAGUGAAGGAUGAACAGACGCCAGGCUGGACAACAGCUGCCAGUGACAUGAAGUUCGAGUACUUACUCUAUGGCCACCAUCGGGAGCAGAUAGCCUGCCAGGCGUGCGGUAAGACAUUCUCUGACGAAGGCAGGUUGAGGAAGCAUGAGAAACUCCACACGGCAGACAGGCCGUUUGUCUGUGAAAUGUGCACAAAAGGUUUUACCACACAGGCCCACCUGAAAGAACACCUAAAAAUCCACACAGGGUACAAACCCUACAGUUGCGAGGUGUGUGGAAAAUCAUUUAUCCGCGCCCCAGACUUAAAGAAGCACGAGAGAGUUCACAGUAACGAGAGACCUUUUGCGUGCCACAUGUGUGACAAAGCCUUCAAACACAAGUCCCACCUCAAAGACCACGAACGAAGACACAGAGGGGAGAAGCCCUUUGUAUGUGGCUCUUGCACCAAGGCAUUUGCCAAGGCGUCUGAUCUGAAAAGGCACGAGAACAAUAUGCACAGUGAAAGGAAGCAGGUGACCCCCAGUGCCAUCCAGAGCGAGACAGAACAGUUGCAGGCAGCAGCGAUGGCCGCUGAAGCCGAGCAGCAGUUGGAAACGAUAGCCUGUAGCUAGAGGUGAUGGGACAGGACCCCGCUUCGCCUGAGCCCCGGAGACUGAGACUGCAUUGUUCGUCAUACAUGAACGCCAGUCGCUGUAUUUUUGUGGAAACUUACGGAGCAUUGUACUCGCUGGACUUAAGGCAGUGCUUGGUUAGGUAGUUUUAAAACUUUGCAAGGAAGUCAGGUUCCUUGGUUCCGACCAAACAGUGUCACUGUCCUGUCUGGUGUCUGGUAGUAAUGUUGCCAGUAAGUCCCCCUCCCUCUUUUUUAUGAUUUUAAUUUGAGAACUCCUGUGUCCAGUCCAGAAGUAGGAGACUUCUAUUCCAUUUUUAAUUCCUCUCGACACUUGCUGCGCUGGUGAGUGUAUUGCACAGAGUGAUAAUUGAGUAAAUUGAUUUCCUGAUCAUCAUGCUUAUUUGUGACUUCACAGUCAAAACAGCCUUUUUAAUAACUUAAUAAGAGUACGUCAUGUAGAUGCAGAAAAUACUGGUGGGUGGUUGACCAAGAACACCGUGUGGAUACGAACACAAGUUCCAGAAGUGCAGAAUGGCAUUAGAUUUGUAUUCGGUUUGUUAAUUUUAUAUCACUGUUUUUCACUAUUUUUGUGGACAAAUGAUGGUCGCUUUGCUAAAAUGUUUCUUCAUUUUGAUUGCCCGCACUUCCCCCAAAAGAUGUAGUCACAAGUCCCGAACACGAGGCUGAGCAAACCCACAGGGAUGAUGGUGGUCUGGGGGCUGAGUUCUUUUUGUUCCUCUCUUUUGGGGCAUUGUCACUCGGCGGCAGAUGUGGUUUGUGGGGUAGACCAGUUAUUAGAGGGAUAGCAAAGGGGGAAUAGGAACCUGCUCUCAGGGACAAGGUUUUCAUGUUUGCAACAAUUCCAAGAUUUUCUAGAUCAAAAUAAUUCUCAAUUGAUUUUUGAACUUGGAUUUUUAUUUAGGAUCAAAUUAGGACAAGAACAGGUAUGCUUCUUCGGAUACAUUUGUGUCACUUAAGAGAAUGUCAUCAAGCAUUUGGGCUCUCUGCAGCACGUGAUUUAUAGGAGAUGUAAUAUCGUUACUUAAAUUAAUAAAUUGAAAAUCUUUUAAGUGUGUAAAUAGUGUAGAAGUGUUGGUCUUAUGUAUUUCAAGUAAAAGUAGACAGCUGCACUUUUUUUUUUUUUUUGCACAUUGGAUUAAAAUAACUUUCAUAAGCAGCAAACAUCAGUCUCUUUUUUAACCAAUAUUAAAGACUAUCAGACCAAAUUUUUAUUUUCUUGAAGUAUAUUUCAUCAUUGGUGGUUACAGUUUUAAGUAGAAUUUGGUUGCCAUUUCAUAGUCAUAAACAGAAUUAUAAACACUGUUCCAAUUUUGGUGUAUGAAAACUUUUUUUUUUUUAACCGUUUCUUUAGGAAUAUAUUGAAAUGCCAAAAUAGUUUGAAUUAUGUUCUGUAAUAAAGUAUUAGUCAAUUAUUUUAGAAUGUACAAUUUUAGGAAAAUGUCAUUUUUCAAAAUUUAUUUUUGAUUCCUAGAACUUUUUUCCUCAAGAUACAUUAAAGUAAUUUCAUUUCAUGCUUGUUGCAUUAACACCUGUAAUUGCUGUUACAGGAGAAAUUUUAUUUUUUAACUUGAUGUAUAUGUUGUGCCCAAGAUCAUAGGAUGGAGAUGCUACCUUUUAAAGAAAGUUAUUUAUUGGUAAAAUGUUUAGUUUAAAAUUAAUUUAAUCUUCUUUCUUAAAAGUCGUUUAUUCUGUCCGAAAAGUAGUCUUGUCACUGUGUUUAUAUGCUGUUAGUGGAAGGGGAACUGAUUGGCGCUCCUUGGCUGUUUUAACCAAAGCAGAGGAAAAAUAAUUUAACGUCUUGUCGAUAGCUACUGCAACAAACCAUUUUUGGGGGCUUCAUUUUUGUAUAUAAAAGAAAAUAUACUUCCGUUA